AUGAGUGUUGAUAGCUAAGUAAUUGAAGAUAUUGUCAAUAAAACGAAGGUACCCUAUAUAGCUUCUAUGUUAGACUGUAACCUGUUCAAAUACUUUCCUAAAUUGCAGCUACUUAAAGAUGAAGUUAUGAGUAUCAAUAAAACGAUAUAAAAUAUUACAAUUCAACUGGUUGAGCAAGUUGAGUAAAAAGAUGUCGAUGGCUCAGAUAAAAAUAUCGCUGGGGAUGCUUCUGCAAGAGAAUUAGGAAUUAUUGUACUUCAAAUACAAAGAGAAGUUAGAGAACUAAAAAUGAAUUAAACUUAAUAGCAGUAAUCUAUAAAUCAGAAUUUAGCCCUUAUCAAGGAAUUAGCUUAAAGAUAGCCCUAAAAUACUAAUACUAUAUUAACACAAAUUAUAACAAAUGAACCAACUACUAGCAUAACUUAAAAUAAUACAGAAUUUAAUACGCUUUAGAUACCCAGAUCUCCCACGAAGACUUCAGCUUCAUUAACUAAAUAAAAUUCUGCCAGCACAUAAAAACUCAAUUUUGAUGUUGAUUUUAAAGUUUCCUAACUUUUGUAAGAAGUUAGUGAUAUUCAUUAAAAGUUAGAAAUGGUUGCUACUCAAGAGUAAGUCUAAGUAACUCAGAAUAAAUUCUUAGAAUAUUGUACCCUUACUGAUCUCUAAAGAGUCGUGGGGCAUUUUGAUAAUUUUGCCAAAAGAAAUGAGUUUACUAAGCUUUAAGAUAAGAAUAAGUAAUUUAAGAGUUAGAUAAAAAUGCACUUUAAAUAGUAAGAGGAAUUCAGCGAUACGUUGCAAUUCAUUAGAGAAGAUUUUGCUAAAAAAUUAGACACUAAACUCAGCCUUGAUGCUCACAACAAAAAGAUUGAUGAGGACAUUAAAACUAGAAUUUAGGCUUAAUUUUAAACUCUUAGCCAGGAAGUCAAGUAGAGGACAACUUAAGAAGAGACAUCUAGAUUAUGGAAAAACUUUUAGACUUAUGCUGAAUAUAACGAUCUCAAGGAACUUUAUAAUAAGGUGGUACCAGAAGUUUAAAAGUUUGAAGAGUCUUUAUUAGAUUUGAAUAGAGAAUGUAGAAAAACUUAGGAAAUAGUAAGAAGAUUUGAUGAGGUUAUUCUUGAUAAAGCUUCUAAGUAGAAUAUUAGAGAAUUAUAUAAAAAGCUAGAUGACUAUGUUGAAAGAGAUUUAUUUAUUGAUUAUAAGGCAGACAAUAAUGUAAAAUUCUAGAACUUCAACAACAAAUAAGCUAAGUUAGAGGAAAGUCUAGACUAUCUUGGAAAAAAUAUUAAUAAAGAUAUAAUUUAAGUGGUUAAGAAAGAAAUGACACAGUAGGGGAUAAAGCUUUAAACUGGACUUCAAAAUCCUAAUCCCAUUAAUUUAACAGAAGGGGAACUAAAAGGUUACUUAGAGUCAAAAGCUGACAAAGUAGAUGUCAUUGAAAUUAGAAAUACAAAGUCUAAUAAGUAAGAUACUGAGAACUCUAUUAAGUGGAUCGAACUUCUGCAUAAAUAUAUAAAGAAUGUCUCAGUCUUGUAAACUGAAAUAGCUAAGCAAAUGUAAAGUAGUUCAACAGAGACUGAAUAGCAAAGAAUUUCUAAAGUAGAAUUCUUAAUAGGUCAAUGCUAAAGAAUUAAUAACUGGAUCUUUAAAUUUGACCUAAAUAACAUAGAUGAAUACUUCUAGACUAAUCCAAAUAUAAGUUCUAAACAAGAAAUAUAGCUGCAUUAGAGUUUUAUGGAAAAUGCUUAGGAUUUUCAAGCCAUAGAAAAGUUUUAGACUUCUAGGUUUGAUCAAUAAAGAUUUAGUACAAUUACAGGAAGGACAAAAAAUUCUGAAAUAAGUAAAAAAAUAAGACCUUCAACAAUAUCUCCUCUUAAUCUUAGAAUUUAUUCAAGAAAUUUGAAUCAAACAAUGACUAAUUUCGCUACUUCAUAGAAUUAAACCAAAUUUGAUAGUACCAGAAGGUCUAAAAAUGCAAUUAAUAAUACUACUGAUAAUAUUAAGCCUGAUUCUGAGCUUUAAACCUUGAGAAACUCCUAUGCAAGUAUAAUUAAAGUAAGCUUAACGAAAGCAGGAGGAAAUACCAAUAAAAUUGUUAAUCCUAUUAUGAGGCAUCAAACAAAUGAUUUAUUGACCGAUUAGCAGCUUUAAAAUAGAUUGCUUCUUAAUAACUCCUAACUUAGCUAGUAUAACAAUCAAUCAUAAAUAUCAGGUAAGUCCCCAAGAAUAUAAUUUAAAGGGAAAAAUAAUCUACCAAACUUUAAAGAUCAAAUUAUUUAAAAGGGAGGACAUGUAAUUCUAAUUAAAGGCGAAAAUAAUGACAGCUUUGGUGCUAGAGAUAUCACUACUAGAUAAUUAGAUACAUAAGAUUCUGCUAUUGAUAGAUCUUAAUUCACAAAUAUGAGCUUACCUGGCAUUUACCAAUGA